AUGCCGUUGUCUCUCGAAUCCAACGGAAGAUCCAGCUUCUCCGAUUAUGUCUCGAUCUGCGAUCAGGAUUUUCCGGAGGAGGAUUCUGAUUCUGAUUCUUGCGGCUCCUCGCACUCUUCUCUAGGAAGUAACAGUGAUUCGGAUGAUUGUUCUGACCGGGAACUGGAAGACUCCGGUGAAGUUGAGAAGAAAAGCCCUUUGGAUACUAUGAAUGAUUUGGAGGAAGAUUUACCGGUGAAGAAAGGCAUAUCCAACUUUUAUAUUGGCAAAUCAAAAUCAUUCACAAACUUAGCAGAUGCAGCAGGUGCAACAUGUGUUCAAGAGAUAGUAAAAGCAGAGGACCCUUAUGCUAAAAAACGGAAGGAUUUACUAGCAAGAAACAUACUAAUGGGAAGGAGCCGCAGUUACGCAAAUGUCGGUGGAAUAUCAAACUCAAAGCGAACUUCUAACUUAGGCCGGCGAACGUCGUGUCUCAAUCUGAGCGCCAACGCUGACAGUAGUGAUGAAGGGAAGAGUUCCACUUCCAGGUCAAUAUCUCCUCCUUGUCCGCUUCCUCCUCGUCAUCCACAAGCCGGUAAUAUGUCCUCUGCAAGUGCUUCUCGUCCUCGUCCUAGUCCUCCGACAAGGGAUCUCCCUUUGCGUUCGUAUUCUUGGUCUGAUCUGAACUCUGUUGCCGAGGGUCAUGAUUUAGCUGGUUUGGCUAUUUGUAGUGGAAACAAAGACAAUAAAGUUCACUGA